AUGUCGUCUUUAAACUCCAUUGUUCGUACGGGGACCACAAGGCCUGCCAGCCUUAUUCCUGAAAUUUCCAGUGAUAUAUCUGCAAAUGCUCCCCAUGGAUUCAUUCAAAAUAAUUAUUCUAAUAGGGCUUCAGGCACAAGCGUGGCUGGUCAAAGUGCGGAUUUUUCAUCCUUGUCAAAUUUUGUUGUGCCCCAGGCAGCUCCUCCAAGCAACAGCGCUUCUAGUGAGGAUGAUGUUGUUAUGCUUUCUGGAGGUGAAGACGAUGAAGCUAAUAAUGAUGGAAACACUAGGAGUGCUGAUGCUGAUACUUCCCGUGAUGAUUCAACAUUGACUGUUUUUUCGAACCCGAAAAAUUCGAAUCUCCAUUUCACUGCUAAUCUAUCUAAUCCGAAUUCUGAGAAGUCUUCCCACAUUAUUGACAAUUCUGGCACUAUCAUACCUAUCCAUUUUUAUUUGCCAGACUUCAUGCUAAACAUGGUAGGUAAUUUCUUUUUUUGCAUGCUAUGGGUGGUAAAACUAGAUUUUAAUAACUUGAUUUUGGUAAAAAAGUAA